CUCGGGCACUCCAUAUUACAGCGGUAUCGAGAGGAAGGCGACCUCACCUUGCUAACCGCCGCACACCGACACUUCCAACAGGUCAUUGCCGGCAGCCCGCUCGCGAUACCCUGGCCGACAUGGACGAUGUACUUGAACAACCUCGGGAACACGUUCCAGAUGAGCUACGAGCGUACCGGAUUCCUCAGCGACCUUAACGCCGCCCUCGAGUUCUACGACUUCAGCCUGAAGCACUCUCUGCCCGGAGAUCCCAACAUCGCGGCGUACCACGACAACCUCGGGGUUGCACGCCACUACCGCUUCGAGCGCCUCGGGGACCCGGGCGACCUAGAGAUUGCGUUCCUGCACAAGCAGCUGGCGGUGGUUAAAUCGCAGGCGAGCGAUCUCAUGCGACCGAGGUUCUUGCAGGACCUGGGGCACGCAUACAUGUCCAGGUACGCCGACAGCCACGCGGAGGCUGACUUGCAGGCCGCGAUGGACUAUUAUGAGCAAGCACUGAAGCUAACGCCCGAUACGCACAUCGACGUGAUCAUGAGACACAACAGUGUGGCGAACACCUACUGGAAACGCUAUAACAGGGACCACCGUCUUCAAGACAUCGAACUUGCCGCCAAGCACUGGGAGACGGCCCUGGACAAGACGCCUCCGUCGCAUCACCUGGCCCCUGCGAUGCGGGCCAAUCUCGCUAACGCCUACCAGGGUCUGUUCUCGCGUACUGGGGAGCUUGAGUACAUGGACAAGGCGAUCGCGUAUCAAAAGGACGCCAUCGAGGUGGUUUCUCAAGACCCCACAGAGCAGGAGCUUUACCUAUACUACGGCAACCUCUCUUAUUCGUAUUUCGCAAAGUACGAGAAAAUCGGAGAUCGAGAGGACCUGAACGAAGCGAUCGCUGCGCAGUAUCAAGCCAUUCAGCAUUGUCCCGAAGGGCAUCCAAAGUUGCCAUGGCUGCUGCAACGCCUCGGCACUGUCAGCAUCAUGCAGCUCAUUAAAGCGGGUUUAGAUGAGGCUCUUGGGUGCUGGAAGAGGGCCAUCGAAAUGAACAUUGGACCACCUGACAUACUGCUCACGACUGCAAUUAUACUCGGCGAUAACGCCUAUAUCAAUGGCAGGUAUGAUAUUGCCAUGGAAGGAUACAUCCAAGCACUGAAACUGCUCCCGCGCGCCGUAUCCAUCGAUUUGGACCUACAAGACCGGCGUCACGCCGUCGAGCAUGCUAAGGACCUAGCGACUAACGCGGCUGCCUGCUUCAUUCACCUUGAUCAAUUAUCGCUGGCGGUGGAGGCACUGGAGCACGGCCGAUCCAUCAUGUUCACCCAGAUGCUCAACCUGAGGAGCAGCUUCGACGAGCUCGAAUCUGCCUCUCCAGAGUUACACGCCAAGCUCCUGCAACUGUCGGCACAGCUGCGCGCCGUCAACAAUCCUCAGAACACCGACACUGCACCUCACGCCGCAGUGGAUUCAACCGAUACAGGAUCCCCGGCAAUGAGGCUAUCACGGCAAUGGGAUAUGUUGAUGACCGACAUCCGGCGUCUCCCCGGAUUCUCCAGCUUCAUGGAGCCGCCUUCUCUCGAGCAGAUCUUCCCCGAACCCAAGGACGGAUCGGUGAUCAUACUGAACUGCAGCUCUCACAGAUGCGACGCGUUGAUUAUCCCUGCGGGUGAGACGGUGGUCUAUGCGGUCCCGCUGAGAGCUAUCACAAAGGACAGAGCACUUGAACUCAGGCAGAACGUUUCGGGCUUGGCAGUUGGGCACAUGAUGAGAGGCAAGUCCCCACUCCGAUCUUUAGAGGAUGUCUUGGAUGAGCUAUGGAGGAAUGUUGUCGAGCCCGUGAUAACGGCCCUCCACUCUCUCGAGGUUCGUGGACAGCCAAAGUCGAACAGAGUCUGGUGGUGUCCUACAGGAGCGUUCACAGGUCUGCCGUUCCAUGCCGCUCUUCUCUAUGCAGGGGAUAAAAUGCCAAAUAUGCCCCAAUACAUAUCGUCGUAUAUACCGAGCCUUAGCUCCUUAUCUCCUGCUGAGCGGGCGGUUUUCCCGGACUUCAAGUUGCUCUCAGUGGCCAUCUCGCAAACGAAAGGCUACGAGCCCCUUCCCGAAACGCUCACCGAAGCGCGUUACAUCCACGAAAUUGUACCACCCGACCUCCAAGUCAGCCUCAUCAACGAGCAAGCGUCCACCGCCAGCAUCACCUCCGUUCUGCCCUCCUGCCCCUGGGCGCACUUCUCCUGCCACGGCGUCCAAGAACAUGCAGACCCGUUCAAGAGCGGACUGCUCGUGCCCGACGGCGCGCGCCUGCACCUCUCCGACUUGAUCAGCCUCUCCCUCCCUUCUGCGCAGUUCGUCUUCCUCUCCGCGUGCCAGACGGGCCUGGGCGACAUCCAGCUGCUCGACGAGUCGCUGCACCUCGCGGGCGGGUUCCUCUUCGCGGGGUUCCGCGGCGCGGUCGCGACGCUGUGGUCGAUGGACGACGCGGACGGGCCGGUCGUGACGAGGGAGGUGUAUGCGUAUCUGUUUCGCGGGGGGAGGCGCACGCCGGAUUUGAAGGAGGUGCCGCUGGCUUUGCACCGUGCCGUGGUGAUGCUCCGCGCGAGAGGCAUCCCGGCGCGGCGUUGGGUGCCGUUCAUUCAUAUGGGCAUUUGA